AUGGUUGUCGAAGUGAAAACAAUAAAAACUCAGACUGGUGGUUUUGUUGGUUUGACAUCGAACGGAGUCGACAUUUAUCUAGGCAUUCGUUAUGGGCAAGUUGUGAGACGUUGGUCCCCAGCCUCAUUAUCACGCUUCUGGAUCGGAGUAGUUAAUGCUACAGCGUUUGGGCCAGUUUGCCAUCAAUAUGGUCCUCAUGGUCAACCGGAAAUGGAUGAUGAAAAUGAGGAUUGUUUGUUUCUAAAUAUUUGGGUUCCUUCGAAAAGUUAUUCAUUACUACCAGUACGUGUGUGGAUUCAUGGAGGUGGUUACACUUCUGGUAGUGGCAAUUUCUAUGAUGGAACCGAUCUUGCUCGUUUGUCUCACUCUAUUAUUGUUACAAUCAAUUAUCGUCUUGGUAUCUUUAGCUUCUUCCCAUUACCCAAUGUCAAAACGAGAAACAUUGGUUGGCUUGAUCAGCAAUUAGCAUUACAAUGGGUUCAGAAUAAUAUUGCAUCGUUUGGGGGUGAUAAGACGAAUGUGAUGAUAUUCGGUCAAUCAGCUGGUGGAGGUUCUGUCGUCGCUCAUUUGUUGAUGCCGUCCAGCUGGCCAUUUUAUUCAUCGAUUGUGCUGCAAUCAUCAGGACCUUAUCGUCUACUAGAAUGUACUGGUUCGCAAUUAGAAGAACAACCAUUAACCUUAAUUCGCAAAGCUACUGGUUUCAAAUUAUAUGCUGUACCAUUUCCAUUAGUUGAAUCAGGAAACUUAAUGUCUGCAUAUGCUCCAUUUAGAGAAUUGAAUGAUGUUUUCAGAUGA